CACUUCCCCUCGCCGGGGGCGGCUGGCACCGCGAGGGAGCCGGAGCCAGCACCGCGGCGGGGGUCGCCGCCACCCACGCGCAGUGAAUUUCCUGUGCAACCUGCAUCCAGAAAAAGAAGAAAAUACCACUAGCCCUCAGACGCCCUCCAUGUCCACUUCCAACUGCUACUUUCAUCUAAGGAAUUCAUCUCCUUGCAUUUCUAAGACUGAGGUCUGUUUUCUUGCUGGCUGUCAGCUGGAGAUCACUGCUCUCCUGGAGGUUACUUGCAGAGAUCACUCUGCUUCUAGAGGCUGCCUGCAAUUUCUCGACACUGGCCUUCUCAUGACACGGCUGGUGGAGAAGCUGAAGCUUAGCCAGAUGAAGUAGCUUGCCAAAGGCCACAGUUAAUAAGAGGAUGGCUGUUCCAUAAGGUCAAGACUGAGUCCCCUCCUUUCUCCCACUUUACCAAUGCCUGGUCUCAUGGGGUUAGUUUUGAGCCCAACACCAUGGCAUCAUCAACCUCCUUCUCAGCUCCUCGCUCCCGGUCCAAGAAGCCUCUGGGCAAGAUGGCUGACUGGUUCAGACAGGCCCUGUCGAAGAAGCCCAAGAGAAUACUGGAAUCCUCGGAAAGCCCCUCCAGUGACGUCUCACAGCCGAGCUCCCAGGACGACACCCCGCGCCUGGGCCUCAGCUCAACCUCGUCUCCUACCCCCCAACCGACACACGUGGGCGCCAGCGGCAGCGGCCGCUGGAGCAAGGACUAUGACGUGUGCGUGUGCCACAGCGAGGAGGACCUGGCAGCCGCCCAGGAGCUGGUCUCCUACCUGGAGGGCAGCGCGGCCAGCCUGCGCUGCUUCCUGCAGCUCCGGGACGCGACGCCAGGCGGCGCCAUCGUGUCCGAGCUGUGCCAGGCACUGAGCAGCAGUCACUGCCGCGUGCUGCUCAUCACACCCGGCUUCCUGCAGGACCCGUGGUGCAAGUACCAGAUGCUGCAGGCCCUGACUGAGGCUCCCGGGGCGGAGGGCCGCACCAUCCCCCUGAUGUCGGGCCUCACCAGAGCCGCCUACCCCGCUGAGCUACGGUUCAUGUACUUCGUGGACGGCCGGGGCCCCGAUGGCGGCUUCCGCCAAGUCAAGGAAGCUGUCAUGCGUUGUAAGCUAUUAGGGAUCUGCAGACCAUCAGUUGACACCUCUACCACCAUGGGACCCAGAAAGUUGGAGCAAAGCUGGAAAUUGAGUUGGAGAGCCCAGGGCGUCACAGGGCCUGGGAUUCCGGUGGCUGCGACAAGGUGUAAAGAACCAGGCAUAAGGAAGCAGUCUGCACUUUGUAUGUGAUCCUGGGCUCAGACGGUCCAUCAGGCUCCCAUUACUGUGGGCUCCCCAGGAACGCCCUGGGGUAGCCAGGGACUCCCCCAUGAAGGCCACGGGGAACCUGGGGACUCCCCCCAGGGAAGGCAUGAGGAAACUGGGGACUUCCCAGAAAGGCCAUGGGGGAAGCCAGAAAGUGUAGGUGGUGGGAGGUGUGGAUACCAAGAUGAUCACCAGUGUUUUGCGUCGUGCCUAACUGGACACAUGAAGCCUGGCACAUGCCUACAUCUUGCCCUGGAACUGGGCAUCACUAUGGAGACGCCCUCCCCCUAAAGAGGUCAUCCGCCUGAUUCAUGACUAGAAGCCUACACCGCCUGCUUCAGCGGGGAUGAGGUCCCCAUUUGUAAAAUAUGAUUUGCCAUUUGUAUAUAUUGUGAAAAAAAUUUUUUAUUCUUCAUUAUUUUAUUACAUACAAAGAAUAUAAUGGACACUGGGCAUCAGGAGAAAGCAACAGGUGCCGAGUCCUUCACAUCACACUACCACCCUUCUCUUUCCCAGGGACGCUGUUCACUUCAGAAAGCUACAUGAAAAACGUGCUCAGCCCUGUUCUGUACUUUUACUGCACGUGUGUCACUAAGACACACAUAGAAACUACUCUGAAUAGUCAGGAGGCGGCAGGGAGCAGGUGGGGGGAGGCAAGGAAAAGCUCAGACCCUACACCUGGGUCAGGAGCCCACCCACCGAGCCUUUGACUCCUGGGGGCCUCAUCAAAGGUCUGACUAGAACCCACGCUUUUACACGCUGCUUUACGUCUGCACUGAGAGAGGAGCUGUUUUCUUCUGGCAGAUCGCGGUGCACCUUGUGGGACGGAGUUUCAUUAACCUGUUCUCAGUGGGUCUGCUGUGGCACUGAAAUGAAUUUCUAAUAUAUUCCCCUGAUGUGUA